GAUGAUUGGUAGAAAUAAUGUCAAUCUAUGUAGUUAGAGUCACUGCGUAGAGAUCCCGGUGGUUUGGGGUUGUAUUUGGAGUAAAAUGGCGCUCACCACUCAAGGAACAAAGAAGAAAGUUUGUUAUUAUUAUGAUGGCGACGUUGGAAAUUAUUACUAUGGCCAAGGCCACCCCAUGAAACCACACAGAAUCCGCAUGACACACAACCUUCUGCUCAACUAUGGGCUAUAUAGGAAGAUGGAGAUUUAUCGGCCUCACAAAGCCAAUGCAGAAGAGAUGACCAAAUAUCACAGCGAUGACUACAUCAAGUUCCUGCGGUCCAUUCGCCCAGACAAUAUGUCUGAGUACAGCAAACAGAUGCAGAGAUUUAACGUGGGAGAGGACUGCCCAGUUUUUGAUGGCUUAUUCGAGUUCUGUCAGCUUUCCACGGGAGGGUCUGUAGCUGGAGCCGUGAAGCUGAACAAACAGCAGACGGACAUCGCCAUUAACUGGGCUGGAGGGCUUCAUCACGCCAAGAAGUCUGAGGCCUCGGGGUUCUGUUAUGUCAACGACAUCGUCCUGGCCAUCCUGGAGCUGCUAAAAUACCACCAAAGAGUGCUGUACAUUGACAUCGACAUUCACCAUGGUGAUGGAGUGGAGGAGGCCUUCUACACCACAGACCGUGUCAUGACUGUGUCCUUUCACAAGUACGGGGAGUACUUCCCUGGCACCGGAGACCUCAGAGACAUUGGAGCAGGGAAGGGCAAGUACUAUGCUGUAAACUACCCACUCAGGGAUGGAAUAGACGACGAGUCUUAUGAAGCCAUUUUCAAACCUAUUAUGGCCAAAGUGAUGGAGAUGUACCAGCCCAGUGCAGUAGUGUUGCAGUGUGGAGCAGAUUCUCUGUCCGGGGAUCGACUUGGCUGCUUUAACCUCACUAUUAAAGGCCAUGCCAAGUGUGUGGAGUACAUGAAGAGCUUCAACCUGCCGCUGCUGAUGUUGGGUGGGGGAGGGUACACCAUACGCAACGUGGCUCGCUGCUGGACCUUUGAGACUGCGGUUGCCCUGGACAGCUCCAUUCCCAACGAGCUCCCAUACAACGAUUACUUUGAGUACUUUGGGCCUGACUUCAAGCUGCACAUCAGCCCCUCUAACAUGACCAAUCAGAACACAAACGACUACCUGGAGAAGAUCAAGCAGCGGCUGUUUGAGAACCUGCGCAUGCUGCCCCACGCCCCGGGCGUGCAGAUGCAGGCCAUCCCCGAGGACGCCGUGCAGGACGACAGCGGAGACGAAGAGGAGGAAGACCCCGACAAGCGCAUCUCCAUCCGUGCGCAUGACAAGAGGAUAGCCUGCGAUGAGGAGUUCUCAGACUCUGAGGACGAAGGGCAGGGCGGACGCAGGAACACGGCCAACUUCAAGAAGGCCAAGCGAGUGAAAACGGAGGAAGAGAAGGAUGGGGAGGAAAAGAAAGAUGUAAAGGAGGAAGAGAAAAUGGUUGAGGAGAAAAUGGACACAAAGGGGGCAAAAGAAGAGUUGAAAAGCACCUGAGAAGCUACAAGCCCCCACGUAUACAGAUGUGCAUGAUUUUACAGUAGUAUGAAUACCUCCCCACCGCAAUCCCCUGCCUAGAACAUAAGCCAAAACGAAGAACUGUAAAUUAUUUUCUAAAACACAUUUUACUGUUUGCGUUCUAGCAGGAUUUCAAGGAAAUGUUAUUGAAUUGCAAGUAUGAUUUCUUGUUUUCUCCCCAAUGCCAGUUGGUGUGAAAUAUUUACAUCUGGUGUUUGCGCUCUGUAUAAAUUGUGUAAAUAUCACAGGCAGUUUUGUGUACACUAGGCGUACAGGACCACCGUCAGCUUUCUCAGUGUGAAGUGAGCAAACGGUCACCUGUUGAUCUUUUUCUGAAGUGUUCAAUUUACUGGCAAGCCACUUAAAUCAUGGGACUUUUUUGGUUUGUUGGCAGUAAAUGUCGGCAGACUUUCAUUUUAUCCAUUUCUUUUUACUCUGCUUUCAUGCAUACUGCAUACUAGGUUAGACGUAAAAAUGUCUCCUUAUUGAGAAAUCUUUUAAAGGAUUGUGAUUGAGGAUUUUAGUGAAAAUGGGAAUGUUAAGAAAUGAGGAUGGCACAGCCUUUCAUGUGCUUCUGUUUGGAGUAUGAGGGUCCAGUGUUGUGAUUACAGAAUACACACGCAUAUGUAUGUAUGUCUUUGGGUGUAUUAGUAUUUGUCCUUGAAUGGCUAAUCCCUUCUAGUUUUGUUUAAUCUAGGGAUGUUUGCAUCCCCUUCACAUUCCCUACAUAAAAAAAAUAUUUUUGGAAGUGCCUGUAUAACUGGGCCAUUGAAUUCCUAUUGGGUGGGCCUAGUCCAGGGGUGCACAAGGGCUAAUCCAUUUCUGGAUUUUGUGCCAGCCUUUGCUCUUAAUGAUACUUAUCCAAGAUUUUAGUGUGUUAAAGUACAAGUGUACCAGUGUAGUUGAUCGAGCGGUAAGAGAACAAAAACUAUGGUUGGAACAAAAUCCAGCACUGGAGUUGUGCACCUCUGCCCUGGACAUUACUCAUUGCGCACGUGCAGGGGUUCCCAUCUGGUGAGAGAACACAUUUGAUGGUUUUUCAAUGGGACAUUUAGUUUUUUCUUUCUUUAGUAAGGAACUAGGCUGCAUUUAUUUUUAGCUGAAUUGUGGACUGCUUAAGUGAUCUUGUCAAAAUUCUGGAUUUAUUUUGUGAUACUUGAGAUUUUAUACCAGCUUCAGCAUUGUUUUACAUUAUUGUCUUUAUUCCCAGUAAAGAAAUUGUGCAUAUGAAAAGUUUUACUUUUAAAAGAUUUAACUGCAUAUUUGUGAAUGUCUGCUGCAGCAUGCACCAGUUUUUUUUGUUUAGUUUUUUAAAUCUGCGUGAGCAGUUGGGAGGGACAUACACAUUUUUUGGGAAACUUAUUUCUACUCAUUUGGUUCUGUAUUUUAAAUAAAGUAUGUGGUUAUCUAUGAA